CUGAUCUUUUAACUUUGCUCUUCCUGACAGGUGUCAUAUGCCAGGCCAAGCUCUGAUACCAUAAAGGAUGCCAACCUUUACAUAAGUGGGCUGCCUAAAACAAUGACGCAGAAGGACAUAGAAGAAAUGUUUGCACGUUAUGGCAAAAUAAUCAACUCCCGUGUCCUCGUCGAUCAAGUGUCAGGACUCUCUCGUGGUGUGGCUUUCAUUCGGUUUGACAAGAGAGCAGAGGCAGAGGACGCAAUUAAGGACUUGAAUGGGCAGAAGCCGCCAGGAGCUGCAGAGCCAAUCACUGUAAAGUUCGCUGCCAGUCCCAACCAAGUGAAAAACUCACAAAUUAUUCCACCUGUUUACCACACACAGCCUCGCCGCUUUGGGGGGCCCGUCCACCACCAGGCCCAGAGAUUCAGGUUCUCUCCAAUGAGUGUGGACCACAUGAGUGGCAUGUCUGGAGGUAACAUGCCUGGAAACUCCUCGUCAGGCUGGUGUAUUUUCGUUUACAACCUGGGCCAGGAUGCAGAUGAGGGCAUUCUGUGGCAGAUGUUCGGGCCGUUCGGUGCCGUCACAAAUGUGAAAGUGAUCUGCGACUUCAACACCAACAAGUGCAAAGGAUUUGGGUUUGUUA